AUGAAUAAUGACUUCACAACAGCUGGACUCGAUCAUCUGGCUACUGCAUUACAUAAUAACAAGACGCUGACUUUUCUACGACUCGCAAGUAAUAGCCUUGAAGAUGUAGCUGCACAGCAUCUACGUGAUGCCUUGCGCCAGAACAAAGUGCUUACGAUCCUCAAGCUGCAAGACAAUCGAAUUGGAGAUACGGGAGCAAAAUAUCUUGCUAAUGCGUUAGAAAAUAACACAGUACAUAAUGACAGUUAUCUCAUAUCGCAGUACUCAUUCUUUGAAUAG